AUGGACGGGUAUGCGCCUGCCUUCGUGGCUCAUAACCUGCCGUUCAUAAUAAUCUCGGGGUUGGGUUCCCCGGAUGAGGAAGAGAGUGUGAAUACUGGGACACCAAUAAUCUCGGAAAUACCCCCUGUGGACUCGGAAGAUGGUCGAGUCCUACUUCGUCAUUUCAAAGAGGGGGAUGCCAGCGAUCUAGCUUGGAAUGGACGAGAGCAUGUUGGGAGGAACAAGUUUAAGAUCAGGACAAUUGGGAGGGAAUAUAUCCUACCUGUUCGCGAUGCGCAGCCUCCUUCGACAGCGCCUACGAGUCCAACAUCGAAGCCGGUUAUACAUUCUACCCUUUCACCACUGAGUCCAAGUUCGAAUCUGUAUCCAGACGGUCUCAUUAGUCCGGAAUGGAUAGAGAAGCAUCAAGAUCAUAUACCAAGCGCAUUUGUCGUCUUCUAUUCAUUUACCUCGGACCCGAAUCUAUCAUCAAAACUAGACAACCAAUUGAAGUCGGAUAUCAACACAAUUAAGGAUACAUGGACGAAAUCUGGUUAUAAAACUCGUCUUGUGGUUGCAUUAUUGUGCGAAAGAUCUGUUGGUCCAUCUCCAGAUAUCGAGGACCGACUAGCCAACAUUCGUAAAAGUACUGGUCUUGACUCAAAGACAUCUUUAUUCUUCUUACCUCAACAAUCCUCUGCCGUUGAGCUGAAAGCUUUUGCAGAGACUGUUAUAUCCACACUAUACCCCUUGUGCAUAGAAUAUUACCGAGAUUUAAGCAAACACUCAAGAAGGAAGCGGAAUAGAGGCAUCGUCCCACUACCCACAGUUCCACCAACAUCAGGUACAUCGCAAACAUUGUCCCUUCAAGGGUGGAACGUUCGUUAUGAUUUCAAGCUUGGUGUUUUUGCCGAGUUUCGUCAGGAAAUGGAUGCCGCUGUGCGGUCCUAUGAAAGUGGUUAUGAGGGUUUGCUGGGCCCAGAUGUUCUUGAAGCAAUUGCCAGCUGGAGUCCUCGAUGGAAUGAAUACCGAAUGCUGUCUGAUAUUUUUGCUAUUCGAAUCGUACGGUGCUUACUGUGGAAUGGGAACUCGACCGCAGCUGUCCGAAGGUGGCAGUCACAUCGAGAAAGGAUCCGAGACUUCAUAGACCGUAGGGGAAGAGGGUCUUCAAAUUAUGGCUGGGAAGCAUGGGAAGCUCGUUGGGCCACGGUCAUGGCACAACUGAUCAAAAAAGUUGCAAUGAUUGGUUUGAUGAAUGAUAGUGGUAAUAUAUAUCUAUCACCUGAAAAAUCCAUUGCAAUUGGCGAACGAACGCAGCCCUGGGAGCUUCUUCAUCAUCCUGGUUACUGGUAUUACGCUGCUUGUAGGCAUUCCAUAACUCGCCGCAGUCUUGCGCAAGCGAUUCCUGAGGAAGAUCGAGCGCCUCCUGGUUCAGCUUCGGGUGCUCACUCACCGAAUAAACCAAGUACCUAUGACAGCUAUUUGUGCCCCGAACCAUACGAAGAGUUCGCAGUUUUUGACCAUUCCAACAAUAUCUUGGGCUCGCUAGCAAUGGCAUCCAAGGAAUACGAAAUAAGAGGUCAGUCUAGAAUCGUGCAGGAAAUACAACUACUUUCAGCCAAGGAACUUAUGAGGAAAAAGGCUUGGGAGGAUGCUUUGCGAAUACUUCGUCCUCUUUGGCAAAAGAUGACAUAUCGGAAUGAAGGAUGGUGGAAUGUUGUUGAGGAGAUUGGGUGGGCUUUACGAACUGCUGCUGUGUAUUUGGGCGACGGAGUGUCCAUAUUAUCCGUGGAUUGGGAGUUAAUGAACAAAUGCUUUACUCACCAUCCCAAUUGGCAUUACAACUUGACAAGAUCACUCGAAGACGUGAAAGAACUGAGAGCUAAGCCUAUGGUGGUCCUACACGAAAGCGAAGUACACUCUUUCUUGUCUGCUACAUUUCUCUUUGAGCGCCUUGAGGGAAAGGUUGGUGAGGCUAGUCGUUCUCAAUGCGUCGUUACCUCGUCCGCUUUGCCAACCUCGACUCCAGUGACAAUGACCUCAUUGCAGAUCGAUUUCGAAGGUAGCAUGAAGCCAAUCAUAAUUCGACACAAAGCAAUGGAAGAGACAAGAAGCGCACCUGGAAACCCAAGGGUAUUCAGCGAAAUUAGUCUGGCUGAGACGGUAGAAAAUACUCGUUCUAACCAGUCUGGCGAAGCAGACUUAUGUUUUGCUCCAGGCCAGUCGAAAGUUUAUGAGUUUCAAACUCCCUUAAGGGACGACGGGGAGGUCAAAGCAACCUCGGUGACAUUCUCUAUGAAUACAGAAAAUUUCGACCUGGAGUAUGUUCAUGCCUUUGAACAAACAACGUUAGCCGAUAUAUGGUGGGGGGAGAAAGGUAUGCAAAAGAAAAUUGCACGACCUGAUACAUCGACUUUGAGGGUCUUGCCCAAGCCACCAAAGAUGGAAUUGCGAUUUAGAGGACUUCAGGGCCAAUAUUACACUAGCGAAGGCAUUAGCUUAGAGCUCGAGGUUCUGAACGCAGAAGACGUUGACGCCAUUACCAACCUUGAGGUCUAUCUUAGGGGAGAAGAUGCACCGCCAAUUGAGAUCAGAGCUUCCGAGGCCCUAUCAGCUCCCGAAGAACAAGAUGAAGUUGAAAAGUCACUGGAGGGGACGCCGCUUGGCAGAAUAGCUAGCUCUGCCUCGAGUGUCGUACAUAUUAUUAUUCCCCCUAUUGACUUGCCAUACGUAUAUGAGCUGGCCGUCAAAGCGUCCUACAACUUGGUAUCGGAUCUAGAAACGCCAGUUUCUCGUUCCAUCACUAUGCAACUGGAAGUCAUCAAUCCUUUUGAGGCAAACUACGACUUUUCUCCUCGAAUACAUCCAGAUUCAUGGCCUAGCUUCUUCACUCAUGAAGAUUCCACCGACGCCGAUGGCAGCGAAGUUGCUCGUGGAUUGGCGCAAAAAUGGUGCCUGACUGCAAGAUACGCAUCUUUCGCGACGGAAGACUUGCUGGUGGAAGAUAUCGAUGUGGAAGUUAUUGGAAUGAAUGGUGGCAUCCAAAGCUCUACCAAACGUAUUAGUCCCCUGUCAGAAGGUGGGAUAAAGGUAACCCCUAGAACGCUCGAAGAGGCCCAAUUCGACGCCUUCACACAAAAGCUAUCCUUGGACGAUCGCGGGACAGCCACACUGGAUGUCACUUUGCUCAUCAAAUGGCGACGAGAUGUUAAAGAUUCACCCCUCAACAUAUCUAAACUUGCCGUACCGCGCCUUCUUGUCUCCAGCAGCGAGCCACGAGUUCUCGCAGCAGUCUCGUACUCGGCAACUAUUUCAUCAAUGAUACACUUUGAUGUCACCAUUGAGAAUCCCUCCAACCACUUUUUGACAUUCGGUUUAACGAUGGAACCGAACGAGAAAUUCGCCUUUUCGGGUAUGAAGCAGUCGACGUUACAGCUCGUUCCUUUGUCAAGGAGGACGGUGAGAUUCAGGUUACUACCGGCUAUUAGAGGCGACUGGAUUGGACCGAUCAAUUGUGUUAUUAAGGAUAGAUAUUUCCAGAAGACGUUGAAGAUAGCGCCUACGGAAGGUAUGAAGAUGGAUAAAGAGGGGAUAUUGAUUUGGGUUCCUCCUGAUGAGGACUAA